AUGGCCGAAUCAAAACCAACACAAUCCGAAGUCCCGACCUUCUCACCAAUCGACUAUGCCAAGUUCUUCGGCGCGGGCGCCCUCGCGGCGACCCUCACCCACGGCGCCGCGACGCCCAUCGACGUCGUCAAGACGCGCAUCCAGGUCGACGACGCCAUGAAGGGCCUCAACAUGAUCAGCGCGGGCCGCACCAUCGUCGCCAAGGAGGGCGCCUCCGCCCUGCUCACCGGCUUCGGCCCCACCGCCGUCGGCUACCUCGUCCAGGGCGGCGGCAAGUUCGCCGGCUACGAGUUCUUCAAGAAGCAGUUCAUCACCCUCGCCGGCGGGCCCGACAAGGCCACCGACAAGCGCACCGCCAUCUACCUCGGCGCCAGCGCCACCGCCGAGUUCUUCGCCGACAUCCUGCUGUGUCCGCUCGAGGCGACGCGCAUCCGGCUCGUUUCGCAGAGGGGCUUCGCGAAUGGUCUGACGUCUGGGUUCGCGAGGCUUGCGCGCGAGGAAGGGUUUAAGGGGUUUUACUCGGGGUUUGUCCCCUUGUUGUUUAAGCAGGUGCCGUACGCGGUGGGCCAGUUCUCGGUGCACGAGGCCGCGGUGGAGGUUAUCUACAGGACGAUGGGGCCCGAGAGGAAGGCGAAGAUGACGCAGCUGCAGUCGACGGGGGUCGAGCUGGCGUCGGGUGUCGUUGCUGGUGUCGCCGCGGCGGUGCUCUCGCACCCGGCGGACACGCUGCUGUCGGCGAUCAAUAAGGGCGCGGGAGACCCGAAGCAGGGGGCGACGAGCAGGAUGUUCCAGCUGGCGAAGGAGUUCGGUCCCAAGAGGCUGUUGUUGACGGGCUUGGGGCCGCGUAUCGUCAUGACGUGCGGUCUGGUGGCUGGACAGUUUGUCAUUUACGCGCAGUGCAAGACGUUGGUGGGCGCGCCGGCGGGUAUCGAGAUUCACAAGGAGGAGUCCCUGUGA